AUGUUCCACGCUCUAACGAAGGCUGAUCGCCUUGCCAAAGUUGACGCUACUGUACCAGUUUUAGAAGUCAAGGCUGGUAGUCGUCGCACGCUCGUCCAGCCUCGUAGCACAUUUCGGUCGUCCGGGUUGUUGCGACAGCACCUGCGGUCAAUCCAAGGAUCAGUGGGAGCCGGCCACGUGGGACAUUAUGAUCCGAAUUCCGGGGCUCGCCGGCCCGGAAUCACGCCGAUCAUCACGUGGGAAGGUCAAGGCGGCGGCGCGGCGACGACGGGCCGCAGCGCGACGAUCAUGGGUACCGCAGAGCCGCCCAUCGGGAUCUCCCCGCAUUGGGGGGCAGCGUGGUGCGAGAACAGGUGCGGCGUGCUGCAUCGGCCGAUCCGCGUGUUCGUGCUGUGGUACGGCGUGUUCUCAGACGCUCAGAAGCAGACGGUUCGCUCCUUCGUCGCAUCGCUCAGCCCCAACGCUGACGCCGCCGUCACUGUUCCAUUGUGGUGGAACAUCAAUCGGCUCUACUACGACCAGGAUGGUAACCACAUAUCGCAAUCCGUGACGUGGGAAGGCGAGCUGGAGGACAGGGCGUACAGCAAGGGCAAGACGCUGCUUUCAAGCCACGUAGAGGACCUGCUUGGUUCGGCCAUUAGCAGCCAACAACUGCCGUACGACCCUCGUGGCGUCUACUUCCUCCUCUCGGACGCGUUUGUCAACCAGAAAUGGGGCGACAAGGUCACGUCGGAGAAAUUCUGCACACAUUUCUGUGGUUGGCACCACCACUCUUGGGCCGACAAUUAUGGCGAUUUUAUUUACUCGUGGGUCGGCAAGGCAGACCUGAUUUGCCCCUCAGCCUGCAUUCCCAAGGAGAUUCGCGGCGACACGUCUCUAUCCCCCACGGGCGACCCUGGCAUGGAUGGCCUCGUGUCUGUUUUCGCCCAUGAGUUUGCAGAAGCCACCUCCAGCCCAUUUGUCUCCACGUGGUUCGACGGGGAAGGCUACGAGAACGCUGACAAGUGCGCCUGGAAGUUCAACCCCCUUGCCACUGACGCCUCUGGCAUCAAGUACAACCUGGUGGGAGUAGACGGCACCAACCGCCAUUCGGCAUUUCACCGCACUUGCGUGGAUGGGCGGUGCGGCGUGCUGCAUCGGCCGAUCCGCGUGUUCGUGCUGUGGUACGGCGUGUUUUCGGACGCUCAGAAGCAGACGGUUCGCUCCUUCGUCGCAUCGCUCAGCCCCAACGCUGACAUCACCGUCACUGUCCCCCUAAUUUCCCCCUCCCCCGAUGCCCCCAACCCCCUCCUCCCCCGACGCCCCCAACCCCCUCCUCCCCCGACGCCCCCAACCCCCUCCUCCCCCGACGCCCCCAACCCCCUCCUCCCCCGACGCCCCCAACCCCCUCCUCCCCCGACGCCCCCAACCCCCUCCUCCCCCGAUGCCCCCAACCCCCUCCUCCCCCGAUGCCCCCAACCCCCUCCUUCCCCGAUGCCCCCAACCCCCUUCUUCCCCGAUGCCCACAAUGCCUUUCUCCCUUCCCCGUGCUCCAAAUCCCCCACAGUGCCGCUGUGGUGGAGCGUGAACCGGCAGUACCACGAUCAGGCGGGGCGUCGGGUGACGGAAACCGUCACGUGGGGCGGCGAGACGGACGACGGGGGAUACUCCCGAGGAGCUACGCUUUACGACUCUGACGUCACGGCGCUCCUCGCCGACGCCAUCACGAGCCGUAGGCUGCCUUAUAACGCGGACGGGGUGUACUUCGUGCUCUCGGACGCGCGUGUGGCGCAGGCAAGCUCCGACAAUCCCCAGGCGGACCGCUUCUGUGAGGCGUUCUGUGGGUGGCACUUCUUCGGAUCCGCGCCUGGCUUCGGCACGUUCAUUUCCGCGUGGACAGGCAAGGCGGACCUCCAGCCUCUCGCGCCCGCAACCCAUGACCUCACCUCUCUCAUCUCUUUUUUGUUCCUCUCUCACAAUUCCCCUCCACACCCCCUGCAGUGCCCCACGUCGUGCAUAGCAGCAGACAUCCGCAGCAACGCCUCUCUAUCCCCCACGGGCGAUCCCGGCAUGGAUGGCCUCGUGUCUGUCUUGGCCCACGAGCUCGCAGAGGCUGCUGCCAGCCCCUUCGUCUCCACGUGGUUUGACAGCGACGGCGGGGAGAACGCAGACAAGUGCUCGUGGACGUUCGCCCCCAUUCGCAUGGACCCAUCAGAAGCCAGAUACAAGCUGGUGGGGAUCAACGGCUCUAAGUUCCUCAUCCAGCACAACUGGGACCUCGCCACUGGUGCCGGCCAGCUCACCCUCUUCCCUUUCCUCUCUACCUCUUCCACUGCAGGUUCACCCCCAUUCUCACUGACGAUUCUGGUGCCAGGUACAACCUGGUGGGGUCAACGGCUCCAAGCUCCUCAUCCAGCACAACUGGGACCUCCUCUCCGCCUCCUGCAAGCUCACCCUCCCAUGCCCACCGCCCGUCUCUCCUCCACCGCCCUCGCAACGCCUCCUGCGCCCCUUGCCCCCCUCCCCUCCACCUGGCGCCAUAAGCCAAGCGGCAAAGAGCAUUGUGUCGAGAGUGAAAGCGGUGCUGGCAGGGCGCGGCAGACCGGGGAGAAAAAGACCCCCUCUGUCUCCAAUGGUGAGAGGGUAUCGCAGCAGGGGUAA